CUCAGACAAGCAAGUUGGUUACACAGUCUAAUCUUGCUACGUCUCUAGAGAAUACAAUCUGCUGAUUUCAAGAUGCCUGAUCUUUACCAACUUGCUGGAAGUCCGCCAUGUCGGGCCGUGCUCUUGACGGCGGCAGCCUUAGAAGUGGAUUUAAAUUUGAAAAAGGUGGAUAUCGCUACCGGCGAACACCUAAAAUCUGAAUUUAUUAAGAUGAACCCACAACAUACAAUACCUACAUUGGAUGACGGCGGCUUUUAUUUAUGUGAAAGUCGUGCGAUUAUGACUUACUUAGCCAAUCAAUAUGACAAAAAAGAUUCUCUUUAUCCAAAAGAUCCAAAAAAACGAGCUUUGGUUGAUCAGAGAUUAUUCUUCGACUUGGGAACGCUGUAUAAAUCAUUCUCCGAUUAUUAUUAUUCGAUAAUGUUCACCGGCGCCACUCCACAAAAAGCAACAUACGCUAAGAUGAACGAAGCCUUGACUUUCUUGAAUAAAUUUCUAGAAGGAGAAAAUUAUGUAGCGGGAAAAACUCUAACUCUCGCUGAUCUUGCCUUGGUCGUCACUGUUUCUAAUUUUAAGCUUAUGGACUAUGAUUUGAGUAAAUAUAGCAAUAUUCUGAAAUGGUAUUCUAAGAUCCAAGCCGAAGCUCCUAAAUACAAUGAAAUCGAAAGUGUCGGUAUGAAGGUGUUCGCUGAUUUCGCCGAACCCUUUAAAAAAAAAUUCUUGUUUGAAACAAACAAGACUACUAGUAAGUAUGGAGAAUUCUCAAUGAUAAUUAAUCUCACUCUUGCAUGUGUGCAAUACAGAACUAUUCCUUGUUACACAGUCACUUCGCGAACUAUUUAUAUAGCUCCGACAAACAAGUUGAUUAGACAGUCUGUCAUAAUCUCGCUACGCAUCUCCAGACAAUCUGCAGAUUUCAAGAUGCCCAUCGAUCUUUACCAACUUACCGGAAGUCCGCCAUGUCGGGCCGUUCUCUUAACAGCGGCAGCUGUAGGAGUUGAUUUAAAUGUGAAAAAUGUGGAUCUCUCUGCCGGCGAACACCUAAAAUCCGAAUUUAUUAAGGUGAACCCACAACAUACAGUACCUACAUUGGACGAUGAUGGCUUAUAUUUGUGUGAAAGCCGCGCAAUUAUGACUUAUCUAGUUAAUCAAUACGGCAAGAACGAUUCUCUGUACCCAAAUGAUCCGAAAAAACGAGCUAUGGUGGACCAAAAACUUUACUUCGAUAUGGGAACUCUAUAUCGAUCGUUCGCUGAUUAUUACUAUCCAAUAAUUUUCACCGGCAUCACUCCGGAGCAAGCAAAAUAUGAUAAACUGCACGAAGCCUUGUCUCUCUUGGAUAAAUUCCUGGAAGGGGAAAAUUAUGUAGCAGGAAAAACUCUAACUCUCGCUGAUAUUACCUUGGUCGUCUCCGUUUCUAAUUUUCCGGUAGGAAAAUAUAGUUUUAUACAACACUACUUAUUCAUUAAAACAUUUAUUAAAUCGAUAAAAUAGCGUAGGGAAAAAACACG